AUGACACCCACAAACCAAUCUAACGGCACAACUAAUGCAUCUGUUGAGAUACUUUCUGAAGAUGGCCCUAUGCCAAUAAACGUUAUGAUGCAAGAGGGUGUGAAGGCGUUGACCAAGAUUCUUUCCAAUCAGCUUCAGGACAGGCAGGCAUUUCAAAACGCCCCCCAUGCAAUGCAAUUUGUUAUAAGGAAUGGGGGAAAGGCGUUGUCAAAUUCUCGGCUUGAAGAGCUCAAAGAAGCCCUUCCUAAGAUGGAUUCCUUGAGUUUGGAGGAUGAACUUGCUAAAAUAGAUAGUAAAAGUAUGUGCCACGUUGAUACUGCCGAAGAUAAGCAGAGCUUCGGAAGGAAGGUAGGCCAAAUAACUGCCACAAAUAAUGCGAACUUCAUUAUGGAUCAUGACUUGCAAAAAAUUUUAGAUGAUGAUCUGAAAGAUCCAGAGCUUAAUCUGAAUGGUGAAGAAGCUGAAAUAAUUUUCGAUUACGAAAGCCAAGAACUGGAUACGCCUGAUGGUAUAGGAGAAAAGAUUUCUCAAAUGAUAGAAUCGGUGCUACCGGGAGGAUUUGGCAAUGAAGAACAGCGGAGGUCGCGGUCUGUAACGAAUGUAGGCGAUUUAGAUGUUGCGGAAAGAGUCACAGAAAUUGAUCGCGAUGUGGUUGACACAGCCUGUUUGCAUGGAGACAGUCAACAUCAUGUUUCUUCAAAAAAGCAUAGCAGGACCAAGCACUCGAAAAAAAAUGAUCAUGUAAGGCGACAUGAGUUUUAUGACGAAUCUAGGGACCAUAAGAGUUGUUGCCCGCAUCAUCAUUAUGAAAAUUUAUCUAAACUGCGAAACUAUUAUUAUCACGAUUUUGAGUACAUAUCCAAAACUGACAACCGUGCCCCAGAUUUUUCUGUUCUGGUUAACGAAUCAAAUCCUAUGUGUUUAUUUUGUGAGUAUUAUAUGGUGUUUGGUGAACCGCCGCGUAAUAUGAUAAAGUGGUAUAAUCGUACAUUUGGUUAUAAUCGUAUGCCGAAUUCACCAAGAGAUGAACAAGAUACCAAGAAAAGGAAUAGGUAG